UCUCCAGCUCUCUCUCUCUCUCUAUCUCGCUACACCCUUGUGCUGACUCUCUCUCUCUCUCUCUCUCUAGCGUCCACAAAUGAUACUAGCCAAGCGUAGCCGCAGGUUCUUCAAGUUCAGAAUCUCCAGCGCCCAUCUCCUCAUCCUCAACCAUCUCUCCAUCUUCUGAUCUCUCCCGAAGCUUCGUCCUCGUCCACAAGAUCCCCCCCCCUUCUCUUCUUUGUCUAGUUGCCUCCACUGUGCUCGGCGAUCCGCGCACAGUGUUCCCUUUUUCGGCCUCUUCUCAUUCUCUCUUGCCCUCGGUCGCUACAUAUAUCGCGGAGGAGAAGCAUCCAUCCGCCUGCUCGAGGGAGACAAAUGAUCAACAAGGACUACGAGUUCUCGCGCGGUGUCGUGGAAAUGGCUUGGAUCCUACUCAGCGUCGACUACUCGAGGCUCUUCUGGUUGCUGUUCGGCGUCUUCUCCUACGAGAACCACGAGGGAAAGCCUCGGAUCUUCGUCUAGCGACCGCCUUCCACCCCCACCCACCCUUCUUUUCCCGUCCUUAGAAGUUUCGCCUGUCCGGCGUAAAAUAAAGUAGUCGAUCUCUCUAGCUUUUAGUGAAUAAGGUUUCAAGUAUUUUCAAGUGUUGGAAGAAACAAGAGGAGGCUCUCUCGAGAAAGGCUUUUCGUUCGGGAAUCGCCGGUUAACCAUGCAGAGGAUGGCGAGGGCCGCUGCCGCCGCCCGAGGAGGGUGUUUGGACUCGGCGGACACACGGCUCGAGUAUGCCGAGACCGACCCGACCGGCCGAUACGGACGCUUUAGGGAGGUCUUGGGCAAAGGAGCGAUGAAGACGGUGUACAGGGCGUUCGACGAAGUGCUUGCAUUGGAGGUCGCCUGGAGCCAAGUGAAGCUCCACGACGUUUUCCGCUCGCCGGACGAGCUGCAGAGGCUCUACUCGGAGGUUCACCUGCUGAAGAAUCUCGACCACGAGUCCAUCAUCAAGUUCUACACCUCGUGGGUCGAUCCUGACCGGAGGACCUUCAACUUCAUCACCGAGCUCUUCACCUCCGGCACCCUCCGAGAGUAUAGGAGAAAGUAUCAAAGAGUGCACAUGGGAGCAAUCAAGAACUGGGCUCGCCAAAUACUGAAGGGCCUCGCUUACCUCCAUAGCCAUGAUCCUCCGGUCAUACACAGAGACCUCAAGUGCGACAACCUCUUCGUGAAUGGCCAUCUCGGCCAAGUCAAGAUUGGCGAUCUCGGCCUGGCCGCUGUUCUUCGUGGAUCGCAACAUGCUCACAGCGUCAUAGGUACACCGGAAUUCAUGGCACCAGAACUGUACGAGGAAGAGUACGAUGAGCUAGUGGACAUAUACUCCUUCGGCAUGUGCUUGCUUGAGAUGCUCACUUCCGAGUACCCUUACAGCGAGUGUUCGAACCCAGCUCAAAUAUACAAGAAAGUCACUUCGGGAAAGUUACCGGAGGCCUUUCAUCGGAUUCAAGAUGACGAAGCACGAGAGUUCGUGGGGAAAUGUCUGAAGAAAGCGUGCCAUAGAUUGCCCGCUCAAGAGCUCUUAUCGGAUCCCUUUCUUGCCUCCGAUGAUGGAGGGCAGCUCCUGCUCACACCAAAAGCUUCGAGUGGAACUUCAACUCCUAAAACAGCGGCGGCGGCGGCGAUGGAUUUAGUGGUGCCGCCGACAAUUGUGGCUGAUCUUUUGAGGAAUACUGACAUGACUAUCACGGGGUCUAUGAAUCCGGAAGAUGACGCCAUCUAUCUCAAAGUGCAAAUUACUGACAAAGAUGGACGUGCGAGAAACAUAUACUUUCCCUUCGAUAUUGUGAACGACACGGCCCUAGAUGUGGCGCUGGAGAUGGUGAGGGAACUAGAAAUCUCCGAUCGGGAGCCGAUGGAGAUCGCCGAGAUGAUUGAGGAGGAGAUAUCUUCUCUCGUCCCGACGUGGGAAAAAUCCGGCCUCCCAAUAAAGAAUCACCACCAUAGCUACAGUUACGAAGAUGACGACGCGGAUGACGACGAAACACGGCCUCCAUUUCGCACUUUCUCCUCCCGUUCUUCUUCCCAUGCAUCUCUCCUGAAUUUCAACUCGCCGUUCUCUGAUGUGAAUCUCAAGGACGUCUGCAACAACAUGAUGAAUAUUAGCCUGGAUUGGCUACAAGAUCAUGAUGCCUUUGCGCACGAUGAGGCGACUUCCCCGAGCUCAGUGAACUCUCCAAAGUACUCGAAUUUCAGCUACUGCUCAAGCGACGAAGACGAUCACGAUAUAAGCCCCCGUGGAGACCCUCGUUGCUUAGGAAAAAACCACCAAUCCACGAGAUUCUGUCCCGAAGAGCACAAGAGAAUGAACGAUAAUUACCGACGACACAAUGAGCGGCUCGAUGCUCGGAGAGGCCAACAUUCUGCGAAUCACAAGCAGAAGAUAACACGGAUGCAGUCGCUCAUGGAUGUCAGGAGCCAGCUGUUGCACCGUUCUCUCGUGGAGGAGAUCAACAAGCGGCGCAUGUUCAAGACCGUCGGAGCAGUCGAAAACAUCGGAUUCCAAGAACCCUGCGACUUAGCCCGGACUUGUUACAGAAAAUAGCGAGAAGCCACGACUCGAAUGGUGAAGUCGCUACUUCGAUCUCGUCCCCAAACGCCAGAAAGGGUAUUUGGUGACGGUUUUUACCUAUACGUAAUCGUGUAAAUUGUGUGGUUGGUAAUGCAUUAGACGAACAUGUAAGUACUGAGUUUAAUGUGGUGUUUAUGCUGUGUGUUUGAAGUGUGUUGUAGCUCUGUGAUUGUAUGAACCUCGUAAUAUUUGAUUUGCAAGCAUUUGCAAUGGAAAAUAUCGAGGGAAUAAGGACUAAAAUUACAAGUA